AUGGAGAAAUUCGAAACCGAACCGGCCAACAGCUGGCUUGGCCAUAGAGGUGCUGCUGCUUUUGACCUUAGAAGCGAUACCAUGACAACUCCAACUCAAGCUAUGUUAUUUGCCAUUCAGAAAACGACGUUGCUGGAUGAUGUAUUUCAAGAAGACCCGACCACCAUAGACCUGGAGGCGCACGUGGCUUCAUUAACAGGCAAAGAGGCUGGUCUAUUUGUCCUUUCUGGUACGAUGGGAAAUCAAAUCGCUUUACGUACCUUGCUCACUCAGCCUCCUCACGGCGUGCUGACUGACCACCGUUCUCACAUUAUCCAAUACGAAGCUGGAGGUGUUGCAUCUCUAUCCGGUGCCAUGAUCAAGGCCGUAGUACCCAGCAACGGUAAUUAUCUAACUCUAGAGGACGUCCAGUCCAACGUCACACUCGGGGACGAAGUGCACUCCUGUCCGACGCGCGUCAUCAGCCUUGAAAAUUCGCUAGCCGGCCUAGUCACGCCCCUAGAUGAGGUUCGCAGGAUCUCGGAGUUUGCGCGGGAGCACGGCAUACUUAUGCACUGCGACGGUGCCAGGCUAUGGGAGGUAGUCGCCUCCGGCAGCGGGUCGCUGCAGGACUUCUGCCAAUACUUCGACACCGUCUCCCUGUGCUUUUCUAAGGGUUUAGGUGCUCCAAUCGGAAGUAUAAUCGUCGGUAGUAAGCCACUCAUAAAGCACGCAAGAUGGGUACGCAAGGCUCUCGGCGGCGGUCUACGUCAAUCCGGUGUCGUCACGGCCGCGGCUAGGGUAGCAGUCGACGUGACCUUCGGGAAAGGACCCAACGGUGAGGGUGGACUACUACAAGACACACACGCGACGGCCAAGCGCGUGGAGAAGAUGUGGGCGGAUCUAGGUGGCAAGGUAGAUGUUCCCGUCCAGACGAACAUGGUCUGGCUUGACUUAAAAUCCCUAAACACCACCCCGUCCAGAUUUGUUGAGUUAGGUCAACAAGCUAGCUUGAAACUGAAUGGUAAUCGUAUUAUAAUACACUACCAGGUUGGUGAGGAAGCUCUCCAGAGAUUGGCUAAUGUCUUUGAGAAAAUCGCUGCUGAGAAAGGGGUUAGCCAUUCUAACGGAUCUCGUAAGACGACGGAAGACCUAGGUCCUUACGGAAGUAAUCCUUAA